CAUUAUACAUGCAAUGUUCUUUUAAUUUUCAGAAGAACCCUAUGCAGUCAAUAAUAUUAUCCCUGUUUUGCAGAUAUGAAGAGAAAAGAGUUUAAUAAUUUGUGGCCAAGCUGAUCAGCAAGCUUAAGUCUGGUUUGAGCCCAGGCCCUCGGCUCCCACCGUACCACACCGAUGAGCACUCUGUGACUUGGAAAUGGAGAGUUAAAUUUUAGCUGUGGGAGCUCUAUAUUCUACUGUGGGGAAGAGAUGUCUGUCUUCAGAACUUCACUUCCGGGAUUGAUGGUCUGCAGGCUGGAUGUUGUACUUGGCGAGAAUCCCACAAAGGUUCAUAAGGAUGGCUUAAUCAACAGUAAAAUUCAUUCAUUCACUUAUUCAUUCAAAAAGUAUUGGAGUGCCUACCACAUGCCAGGCAUGCUUCCAGAUCCAGGCAGGAACAACUGAGACUGGAGUUGCAGGGUUUUCCAUUUUCCAUUGGAAUCCAGGUUAUACUGAUUUCAUAAAGAAUUGGAACACUUGGGCAGCAAACCACUUUGCUUUGGGAUAUCUUGGACAUUAGGGAAACACACAGAGAGGGAAUAAUACUUUGCUAUCACCUCUGAACUGCGGCUACCUGGACAAAACAAGAAUGCUCUAUCCUGUGGUUGGCAGAAGCUUCCAAAAGGAGAACUUUGAGCUUUAGUGAAAGGCAUCAGAAAUCAGUAGAUGAAAACUACCGCAAAACAUUGCAUGUCCAAGCACUAAAAAACAUAAACAGUCAAAUCAGGAAUCAAAUGGUGCGGAAUAAAAAUGAUAACCAUGUUGAAUGCAAGAGAUUCCUCAGAUUAUUACAAGAUGAACAAUUUGAGUUGGAUAUGGAAGAGGCCAUUCAAAAGGCAGAAGAAAACAAGAGAUUGCGGGAACUCCAGCUUGAACAAGAGGAAAAACUGGCGAUGGAAUUGGCAAAACUAAAACAUGAAAGUCUAAAAGAUGAAAAGAUGAGGCAACAAGUAAGAGAAAACAGCAUUGAGCUCAGAGAAUUGGAGAAGAAAUUAAAAGCAGCUUAUAUGAAUAAAGAAAGGGCAGCUCAGAUUGCUGAAAAGGAUGCCAUUAAAUAUGAGCAAAUGAAACGUGAUGCUGAAAUAGCCAGAACUAUGAUGGAAGAACAUGAAAGAGUAAUAAAGGAAAAGAAUGCUGCAGAAGACAAACGAAACAAAGUAAAAGCACAGUAUUAUCUUGACUUGGAGAAACAACUUGAAGAACAAGAAAAAAAAAAGCAGGAAGCUUAUGAGCAAUUGCUGAAAGAAAAACUCAUGAUUGAUGAAAUUGUUAGGAAAAUCUAUGAAGAAGAUCAAUUGGAAAGACAACAAAAGUUAGAAAAAAUGGUUGCAAUUCGAAGGUAUAUAGAAGAGUUUCAGAAAGAGCAGGCUCUCUGGAGAAAAAAGAAACGUGAGGAGAUGGAAGAAGAAAACAGAAAAAUCAUAGAGUUUGUCAGCUUUCAGCAGCAAAGAGAAGAAGAUCGGAUGGCAAAAGUUCAAGAAAAUGAGGAAAAAAGGCUGCAGCUUCAGAACGCGCUGACUCAGAAAUUGGAAGAAAUGCUGCGGCAACGUGAAGAUUUGGAACAAGUGCGACAAGAAUUAUACCAGGAAGAACAAGCUGAAAUGUAUAGAAGGAAAAUAAAAGAAGAAACAGAAGAGAAAUUGAGAAAGCAAAAAGAGAUGAAGCAAGAUUUUGAAGAACAAAUGGCCCUGAAGGAAUUAGUGCUACAGGCUGCAAAAGAGGAAGAGGAGAUCUUUAGAAAAACCAUGCUAACUAAACUUGCUGAGGAUGAUCGAAUAGAAUUAAUGAAUGCUCAGAAACAAAGAAUGAAGCAACUGGAACACAGGAAGGCUGUGGAAAAACUUAUUGAGGAGCGUCACAAUCAGUUUCUUGCAGACAAACAACGUGAAUUGGAAGAAUGGCAGUUGCAGCAAAAAAGACAAGGAUGUAUUAAUGCAAUUAUUGAAGAAGAAAGGCUAAAACUUCUCAAAGAGCAUGCUGCAAAAUUACUAGGAUAUCUCCCUAAAGGAGUAUUUAAAAAAGAGGAUGAUAUUGAUCUGCUUGGUGAAGAGUUCAGGAAAGCGUAUCAGAAAAGGAGUGAAAUUUGUGAAGAGAAGUGAUACCAAGCAAGAUUGGGUAAAAUCUGGAUCUUUUGUAUGUUACCACUAGAUGUCAGCAUAACUUUUGUUUAACAAUCUCUAAAACAUUACUGAAUUUCAUUUUAGUCAAACUUAUUUUUGUACUGAUAAUUUGAAAAUCUGAAUUCUGUAACACCACCUUAUUACAAUACUCCAUAUACAGAAAUAUGUUAUAGGGCAAACCCAGGAGGCUAACUUCUCCAUACCACUCCUGCUGUUCAUCCUCAAGACAAUAUAUUCAUCUUGACGAAUACAGACUUCUAGCCCAAAGUGAACUGCCCUCUAUGUUUAGGAACUUUACUUCCUUGAUUGGCCAAGGAAAUAAAUAUUUAGAAUUCAGUUGUAAAGUUUCUGUUUAUUGUAAUGUGAAGAAUUUCAAAGUGCUUUAUUAUCUAAAUUGUCACAUUAAGAACUUAGAAUUUCUCCAGAACAUAAAAUAUUUUAGUUGUAAAAACUCAAAAGAAAGGGCUAGUAUGUCAUAAAUCAAACGUUAAAUUCUUGUUGCUUUUACAAAAUGUCUCCUUUUUCUAAUAAUUACAUAUCAAAUAUCUUCAUUACUGAUGACAAGUAAAAAUAAUUCAAACAUUACAACUUAAGUCAAAUAAAAUGCAUAUCCAUCACACAGUCAUAGAGACUAACUGAAGUAGAUCAUUUACGAAUUUUCCCAUUCAAGUGCCUUCAUAAAUUCCUCUUCAGUGAAAGAUAGCAUCUUGGCAGCUUCAAUAUGCAUCUGUUUUAAAAAAAAAAAAAUCAAUAGUCUGAUUUAGUAUACUACUUAGAUACAAAAUAACAGGAAAUGUAUGGAUAAUAUAACAUCAAAAUGUAAGUUCUGUUAUACCUAUGUUUAGAGUAAGGAACAAUAGUGGUUUGGUAUCAAUGUUCACUCUAAAGUUUGACGAGGUAAACAAUCCUCUAAGAUAAUAGUCAUACAUGUAUGUACACAGUGCUUUCUGUAGUUGCAAAGUACCCAUACUGUAUUUCAUAGUCCUAGUUUCCACAUAAAUUUACUUAGAUAAUGUAUUAUCUAAGGAAGUAGAUAUUUUCUCCUAUGUUAGAUUUCAUAUGUAUGAUGCAUUUUAUAUAAAGUUUUGUGCCU